UCCCACGGUGUCCUUGCCGUUAAUCGGCAGCGGCUGUCGCAACGAGAUGUCAAUAAAGCAGGAAAGCGGACGACGACGUUUCUAAUAUAAUAUUUGAAGUCACGUUCAAAAUGACGUUUUUUAGUGACAUUUGUAAUGAAUAAACGUGUAUAUAUGAGGCUCAUCAACACCUGGCGGACUUGAAUUGAGAUUAUAAAGUCAUACCUGAAAGUCGGAGGGGUGUGGUGACCGCCAGUGUCUCUGAGUGAAGGAGGCGCCAGCUGCCUCUUUGACAGCUGAAGGAAGAACGACACAAGCUCCGCUCAUGUUUACGGGUCCCUUGCGAAGGGCAGAGAUGGGCAUCGCCACCACCCGUCGACUGGUGAUGAAGAAUGGUGCGGGGCCCACCUUCAAGUUGUACAGGUUAUGUUAACUUGUAUGGUUUGACUCCUUAAAUGGAUAAAGAAAUGGAUUCUCAGAGGAGUGUGACUGGUGAUAGCCAAGCCGAAGUUGAGCUCUUCUGUCCAACCCCUGAGCAAGAUGGAGAUGGCUUUCCAAGCGGAGACAUGGCCUCCUCUCAAGCUUUAAUGGACUCUUUGAGUGACUCGGGGCUUUCCAGCAUAAGAAGUAGCCCGGCUCCAACGCAAUGUUCUAACGGACAGAAAUCCAAGAUAGCUACUUCCUCACACAGUCCUCAACAUGUGAAAACCACCAGUGUUGAUGCACACUCUCACAAUCCCGCCUGCUGCCUCAGUCCAAAGAAGGGCGUGGGUCCCUCCAAAGACGUGGAGAUGCCAAGUCCCGGCAGCCCCGCUGGUAAGACGGCGCUUGACGUCAGCAACUCUGCAAACAACCACGGAGAUGGCGCCAAUGCUGUUGUGGAAGAGUGUGGCUGUGCAGAUGCUCAGGGAGUUUGUUCUGAUACUGGAAGUUUGGCCAACAUGAGGGAUCAGCGGGUUUCCAUGGGAACUGGUGAUGCCGGGAUGGCAGAUGGUAGCGACACAUCAGAUAUGAGUCAGGAUUUGAUCAUCAACCAGUCGACUUCUGAAAGGGUUUCAUCCCCUGCCUGUGACCAGAUUAGGGAAUGGCUUGGGACACCCAUAGAUGAGCUGAACAGGAUGCCCCAGUGUGCCCCACCGCUGUCCCACCUGAAAGCAGUGCCGAACCACACUGUUACAGUCAGGACAGAUCUCCUCAGAGAGGGAGAGGUGCCCGUCCCCUACCCCGGCAAGUUCAAGGACGCCUGGGACGACGUGUCCGUGAAGAUGCCUUGCUCUGAAAAGAAUCUGUAUUCGAUGGACACAGAGGAUGGAGGUGGCGUUCAGAGUCGGUGGGAGAUAAUCCACUCCACCUUGCAAGGAGGGUUCAAAAGUUCCCUGGAUGUGAGGGAUGCUAUACUGAGGUAUAACACGGCACAUGCCAAGAAAUGGGACUUCACUGCUCUCAACCUUCUUUGCACUGAGUGUCUGGAGCAUUGUGAAGUUCAACACCUGUACGAGGUCGUACUGCCUUCCGUUGUCAAGAUGGCACUCAGUGCUCCUCGCCUCUGCACUAUGCCAAUCCCUCUGCUGAAGUCAGGGAUGAACCAUUCCCUAACCAUGUCUCAGGAGCAAAUUGCCUGUCUUCUGGCCAACGCCUUCUUCUGCACAUUCCCCAGACGCAACUCCCGCAAGUCCGAGUACUGCAACUACCCCGAGAUCAACUUUUACAGGUUAUUUGAAGGCUCCUCAUCAAGGAAAAUAGAAAAGUUGAAAACACUCAUGUGCUACUUCAGGAGAAUUACACAAUCCAGGCCAAAGGGUCUCGUGACCUUCACAAGACAAUCAGUGAACAAUCUGCCAACCUGGGAAAACUGCCAGACUCAGCUGACACGCUUACAUAUCACUUGUAAAGGCACCAUUGAGGACGAUGGUUAUGGGAUGCUUCAGGUGGACUUUGCAAACAGAUUUGUAGGUGGCGGAGUCACAGGACAUGGUCUGGUCCAAGAGGAGAUCAGGUUCAUCAUCAACCCGGAACUCAUCGUCUCUCGUCUCUUCACCGAAGCGCUAGAGCACAAUGAAUGCCUCAUCAUUACAGGGGCUGAACAGUACAGUAAGUACUCAGGCUACGCUGAGACCUACAAAUGGGACGGGAGCUACACUGAUGAGACUCCCAGGGAUGACUGGCAGAGACGAUGCACAGAGAUCGUGGCCAUUGAUGCUGUUAAAUACAAAAACUUCUUGGAACAGUUUCUCCCAGAAAAGAUGAACAGAGAGCUCAACAAGGCAUACUGUGGAUUUUUCCGAAACAUCGCUAACAGAAAGCACCUUCCUGCCGUAGCCACUGGCAACUGGGGCUGUGGGGCUUUCGGUGGAGACACACGGCUCAAAGCGCUGAUUCAGCUGAUGGCUGCUGCAGAAGCUGGCCGGGACAUGGCGUACUUCACAUUUGGAGACGCUCAUCUCAUGCGAGAUGUUCACGACAUGCACACUUUCCUGACGGAGAGACAAGUCACUGUGGGGAGGCUGUACAGUCUUUUGAACCAGUACUCCAAUUCGGUUUGCAAGAACUGCCGCAAGAAGAGACCUGCCGUCAGUCUCUACGCUUUCAUCUACCAGAACAUCUCUUCCCCUGCAACCGCCGAUGCCUUGGACUCUGCUAAGGAUCCUGGGACGUCCCCUGUAACAUCAGACUCUCAUUAAAAGAAAAUGGGGAUGGACAUCUUAUCAUCUUUGAUAAGACUCCAGGUUCGCAAGCCUCAGUCGUGUACUUACAAUCACUCUUACACACACGCCCUUCUAGAGUGCGUACACACUUGCUACGUUUGGUUUGGUCAGAGAAAACUCUGUGUUGCUUCUACUCUGCCAGUACGUUUAGUCAAGUGUGAUACAAAGAGAUGGAUUAGUCAAGUGUGAUACGAAAAGAUAGAUUUCAGUCAACUCGUUUGAAGAGAGCUCCAUUGUGAACGUUACAGGGACCUGAAAGCAUGCAGAAAUGACAAACUAAUCUAAGACCAAAGCCUCUCUGCUCUGUUGUCUCUCUGCAUAUGUGACGACAACACUCUAGAAAAGUAUAUUCUAAAAGCUUUUUGUGAGUAUUUAUCUAAGGAACAGCAAUUUUGCUUAAAAUGUUUGAGUUACACCUAAGGCUGCAACAAUUGAUUGAAACAAACUUCGAUUUAUGUUUUGUUGUUUCGAUUAUGGUAAUUCUUUAGUGAGUGUAACGAGUGAAAUUAAUCAAAUCCGGACCAAAUGGAAUGCCUGGAACUUUAAAUAAGCGGACAUUAGAUUCUGUUCGACCGCUGCAAUAGAGCGCACAUGAGAGCGGUGGCGCCAUCUAUGUGGCGGAAAACUGCUUUUUUUUUCCUACCAACACCUGUAAAAAGUGCAAUUUCAAUGUUGAUGAUGUUCAGUUAUUAUAAAAUAAAGAAUGAAGGUUAUGGUAGGCAGAAAAAUGUUUAUUUCAACAAUUUUCUUUAAAAUUAGCAUUGAGGCUAUUAAGUAGGUUUUAUCUGAUUACCUGAAUGAUCGAACAAACUAAACAAUAAAUUACUCAGUGGUGGGCCCUCCAGCCCAGCUAGGCCUUCUCUGCUGGCCUAACAUAACCAGAAAUCAUGAUCAUAAUUAAAGAUAACAUUAUUUUUGUAUUUACUUUCCCUAUAAUAUCUUAAAAGUAUUCAUAUUCUUUUUAUGUCAUAUUAUGCUCCUUCCAGUUCUGUUGUUUUUAGGUUAGUUUUUAUCCAAUCAUAAUUAAGCUAGCUUAUGUUGCCAUGCUGUACCAAAUCAGAAUCAACAAAGCAGGCAUAGUUGAUAGACAGUUGCGAGAGCUAAUCAGAUCACAAGUUGCUAGACGGCCUUAGGUUAAACGUGACAUUUACACGUCCUGUGAUUGGAUACUCACAAGGGUACACAUAGUUGAUAAGACAGUUGCGAUGGCCAAUCAGAUCACAAGUUGUUGACACUAGCCUAUCUAGGUACCCUGAUGUUAACGAGACUGUGAUUGGAUACACACUUGUCAUUCCAAAGUGAAUAUCUAUUCACAAGUUGCAACUUAGCAGGAAUCCGGAAGUGUUGACCCACAAAGAAGGGGAACAAAACUUUCAUUAGGUGGCUGAUUUAUAUAUGCAAGGCUAUUUUCAAGAAGGAUAUUUAAAGGGAAACUACAUCUUGUGAGACCAUGUCGGCGAUGAAAUGGGGAAAUGCCCACCAUUUCCACUCGAAUCAACCGACAACAAGGCGUACCACUGGCGAAUGGAUGCUACAAAUUGUGAGUUCAAAUAUUUUAUUUCUUUAUUUUUUCACGUUUAAUAUAUUUUUUGCAAUUUCAAUUAUGACAGUACCACAUUAGAUAUGUUUUAAUUGCUGAUGCGUUUUUAUUGAUUUUUAAAAGUGUCCAGAAAAUAACCCGUUUUGUACACUGUUGAGGUGUUUCAAUGCGCAGUAGGGCGUAAAUGUGUUCCUGUAUAGUAUUUUUCCAGCAAUGGUCAUGUGGUGACAUCAAAGAUGGUAUUUUGAGUGGUAAUCAUUGAAGUCGGACAUCACUGAAGGCAUAGGUGGGAAACACACGGCCCGCCACUGAGAUCACUCGAUUACUAAACUAAUCGAUAGCGGCAGGCUAAUAUGACACAAAAGCUGCCCAAUCGAGUCCCUACUUUAUGUUGGUUCUUUACUGUGCAGACUUUGGUCAAAGACAAAAAUACAAAGCGAAAAUUCUCACCAUCUAUGUUUCACUAUUUUUUAAAAUUGGUAUAAUCACAGUUAAGAAUUUGGAUUAUUCGCGAUUAAUCAUGUAGUGGAACAUUUCUGUCCUAGGGUUACCACUAAACUGAAUGCAUUGGGAGGGACAUGACAUAAGAGGUCAAGUCACCCUGACCAAGUGCCAGUUCUGUUGAUGGGGUGACAUUUGAACAUUGGACAGUUAUAUAAGUUUUGCUACAAAUCAGGCCAUCAUGGAGUGUAUAAAUAAGAAGGGAAGACCAAGCCUGAUGUGCGCUCUUUCUUAAUUCCUUCACGAGGGUUCACCAUCUUUGGUCUCAUGAGACACUGUCUGUAAUCAUAUCGAUUCAAUCCAACUUUGUACCAUCUGAUUAAGAGUAAAUAAACUCCUGUAACAAAUUC